UACAAUGCUGUAAAUGGUACGUGGAGACCACAGAGUACAUUAGCCUAUAUUGGUCAACCUGUCAGUUUAGCUGAAGAUAAGAUGGGUAAUUUCAGAGAUGUUUAUGAAGUCAGUUUUCUUCAUCAAGAUGAGCCAUUGGGCCGAUAUGUGUGUAAACGAUAUCGUAAGCAGAAGCCACCAGUAUGUUAUAUGCAAGAUGUUAUUUGUCAAAUGGUAGCUGGUUAUUAUGUUACUAAGUUCAAUGAUGCUAUAUUAACCUAUCCUGGUACUACCAAACUUAGAGUUCAGUUCUUACCAGCAUUCCAUUUACAAUUACUGACAUCAGAUGGAACUUUGUCAGAUUGGAUUAAUGUGGAACCAUAUCUUCAUGGAACAUUUAAUAAAUUGACAAAUAAUUGGAGUUAUAUUAAUAAUGCAAUAGAGGAUAAGUUUAAUGCUAAAGAUUUAGCAACAGCAUUAUCACAUUUCUCCUACAUUGAGUCAAAAGGUACAUUAAUGAUAGUAGAUAUACAGGGAUGGUUGCCCAAUGAUAAAUCAGGCAUUAUUUAUUUAACUGAUCCACUAUUCCACACAUGUGGUAUUGAUAAAUUUAGUAUGGGUGAUCAUAGAGAAGAUGGUAUGAAUAAAUUUUGGAAGAAUGUUCACAAAUCUUGUAAUUCUAUCUGUAAAUUUCUACAUUUAAAAAGACCAGAGAGUGUAUGACAAAUUUUGUUUGUUACAAGAAAAUCCUACCUUCUUUGUACAUAUUGUUUGGCUAAAACUAUUUAAGACAUAUUCUGGUCAACAUAACUGUAUUUAGAAUUAGUAUUCCAGGUAAUAUGGUUGGGAAGGCUUAUUAUUUCUGUGUUAACUUUAUACAUUCUAUGAUAUCAUUGGUAUACAAUGAUUGGUAUCUUACUAAUUGAAAUUAUGACACUGACAUUUUAUUUAUCUAAUCAAAUCAAAAUAUUUUUUAGCAUUUCACGUUAUUAUGUUUUCUUAUUUUAAUUUAUUUUAUUAAAAUAUAUUUUUCAAG